AUGGCACUGAGUGUUUUCUGUGUCAGACCUGAUGUGAUCAUGGAUGUGUACAUCGUGGACAUUCAAGAUGUUGAUAAAUUAUACGUAGAGCUGAAAGGGAAUUUGGAAAAGCCACACCACCGCCAGACGCGACCACCGGCGCACCGCCGGCAGACGCGAUCACCGGCGCACCGCCUGCAGACGCGACCACCGGCGCACCGCCGGCAGACGCGACCACCGGCGCACCGCCGGCAGACGCGACCACCGGCGCACCGCCGGCAGACGCGACCACCGGCGCACCGCCGGCAGACGCGACCACCGGCGCACCGCCGGCAGACGCGACCACCGGCGCACCGCCUGCAGACGCGACCACCGGCGCACCGCCGGCAGACGCGACCACCGGCGCACCGCCUGCAGACGCGACCACCGGCGCACCGCCUGCAGACGCGACCACCGGCGCACCGCCUGCAGACGCGACCACCGGCGCACCGCCGGCAGACGCGACCACCGGCGCACCGCCGGCAGACGCGACCACCGGCGCACCGCCGGCAGACGCGACCACCGGCGCACCGCCGGCAGACGCGACCACCGGCGCACCGCCUGCAGACGCGACCACCGGCGCACCGCCUGCAGACGCGACCACCGGCGCACCGCCUGCAGACGCGACCACCGGCGCACCGCCGGCAGACGCGACCACCGGCGCACCGCCGGCAGACGCGACCACCGGCGCACCGCCUGCAGACGCGACCACCGGCGCACCGCCGGCAGACGCGACCACCGGCGCACCGCCGGCAGACGCGACCACCGGCGCACCGCCUGCAGACGCGACCACCGGCGCACCGCCUGCAGACGCGACCACCGGCGCACCGCCUGCAGACGCGACCACCGGCGCACCGCCGGCAGACGCGACCACCGGCGCACCGCCGGCAGACGCGACCACCGGCGCACCGCCGGCAGACGCGACCACCGGCGCACCGCCGGCAGACGCGACCACCGGCGCACCGCCGGCAGACGCGACCACCGGCGCACCGCCUGCAGACGCGACCACCGGCGCACCGCCUGCAGACGCGACCACCGGCGCACCGCCGGCAGACGCGACCACCGGCGCACCGCCGGCAGACGCGACCACCGGCGCACCGCCUGCAGACGCGACCACCGGCGCACCGCCGGCAGACGCGACCACCGGCGCACCGCCGGCAGACGCGACCACCGGCGCACCGCCGGCAGACGCGACCACCGGCGCACCGCCGGCAGACGCGACCACCGGCGCACCGCCGGCAGACGCGACCAGCGGCGCACCGCCGGCAGACGCGACCACCGGCGCACCGCCGGCAGACGCGACCACCGGCGCACCGCCGGCAGACGCGACCACCGGCGCACCGCCGGCAGACGCGACCACCGGCGCACCGCCGGCAGACGCGACCACCGGCGCACCGCCGGCAGACGCGACCAGCGGCGCACCGCCGGCAGACGCGACCACCGGCGCACCGCCGGCAGACGCGACCACCGGCGCACCGCCGGCAGACGCGACCGCGACCACCGGCGCACCGCCGGCAGACGCGACCGCGACCACCGGCGCACCGCCGGCAGACGCGACCGCGACCACCGGCGCACCGCCGGCAGACGCGACCACCGGCGCACCGCCGUCAGACGCGACCACCGGCGCACCGCCGUCAGACGGGCCCACCGACGCACCCCCGUCAGACGGGCCCACCGACGCACCCCCGUCAGACGGGCCCACCGACGCACCCCCGUCAGACGGGCCCACCGACGCACCACCGUCAGACGGGCCCACCGACGCACCCCCGUCAGACGGGCCCACCGACGCACCACCGUCAGACGGGCCCACCGACGCACCACCGUCAGACGGGCCCACCGACGCACCACCGUCAGACGGGCCCACCGACGCACCACCGUCAGACGGGCCCACCGACGCACCACCGUCAGACGGGCCCACCGACGCACCACCGUCAGACGGGCCCACCGACGCACCACCGUCAGACGGGCCCAUCGACGCACCACCGUCAGACGGGCCCACCGACGCACCACCGUCAGACGGGCCCACCGACGCACCACCGUCAGACGGGCCAACAGAUGAAGCUACAAGUGGGGCCACCGAUGGUCCUACGGGUGGGCCAUCUGAUGCCCCUGCAUCCACACCAACCCCAAACAAUUCUUUGUCGUUUGCAGGCAGCUCAUUUGUGA